ACAUUGACAGUUGUUUGACAUUUACGUUACACAAAUAAAAUUGAUAAAAAGUAAAAAUAUGUGGAGUAUAUAAAAUGAUUAUUCUGUAUAAAAUGUUGUAUUGACUAAGCAGAACUUAGUAUAGAAACAUUGAGAUUGAAAGAUGGUCAAUUUCGUCAAAAGUACUUAAGUGUAACCAAUUACUUAAAAGUUAUUUAUAUUACAAGACUUAUUCGCCAAUAAAUAAAUUAAAAUGAUAGAAGGAUACGGCGCGGUUACACAAGCCCUUUUAGGGACACUUUUAACAUGGGGUCUUACUGCAGUUGGUGCCGGCUGUGUUUUCUUCAUAAGAGGAAAACAUCGAAAAUUAUUAGACGUGUCAUUGGGUUUUGCCGCCGGGGUGAUGACGGCGGCCUCAUACUGGUCACUAUUGGAGCCAGCGAUUGAGAUGUGUGAAUCCUACGGCCAGUAUGCAUUUGUACCUGUUGCAAUUGGAUUUUUGUUUGGGGCCAUUUUCGUUUUUGCUACAGACAAAUUUUUGGACUACUUGGGAAUCAAUUCUACAAAUAUGAUGAUUUCUAUCACAAAAAGCAAAGACUCCAAAGAGAAAUUAGAAGAUUUGGAAAUGAUGACGGCGCUCAACCGACGGCCGUCGAAUCCCACCAGCGUAGUUACAAUGGAGAACACGCAACCGGCGGACUUCGCCGACUGCAUCUCCAACCAGCACACGGCGCAAAGGCGGCGCGGUCACCAUCAUUCAGUGCAUUCUGUGAGAAACGGUGAGAAUGGCGAGGGUGACCGCCGCGACAGCGUGGCGCGGGCGCUGGAGGCGCGCCAGUCGCAGUGGAAGAGAAUCAUGCUACUAGUAGUCGCCAUCACAGUACACAACAUACCCGAGGGACUUGCCGUCGGAGUGUCCUUCGGCGCGGCCGGCUCCUCAGAGAAAGCCUCGUUCACGUCCUCAAGGAACUUGGCGUUAGGCAUCGGCAUCCAAAACUUCCCAGAAGGUUUGGCUGUAAGUUUACCUCUGCAGGCAGCUGGCUUCUCAGUAUGGAGAUCAUUCUGGUACGGGCAGCUUUCCGGCAUGGUAGAGCCAGUGUUCGGCGUGCUGGGCGCGGUUGCGGUGGCGGCCGCCAAGCCCGCCUUGCCGUACGCGCUCGCCUUCGCAGCCGGCGCGAUGAUAUACGUCGUCGCAGAUGACAUCAUACCAGAAGCUAAUGCGUCUGGCAACGGGAAGCUGGCGACGUGGGGCUGCAUCAUCGGGUUUGUGGUGAUGAUGUGCCUGGACGUAGGUCUCGGUUAAACCACCGGCCUCCGAGCCCUAACACCGAGUGCCUUCCCGCUGGCGACUAAUAAGCUAAGUAGUUAUAAUAUCCCUUCAUUUUGUACGUAGACAGCUCGACAAAUAGUUAAUAUCAUAACUAAGGAAUAUCUGUUAGGAAAAACGAACUUAAUACGAGUAAUGCAAUCGAUUUUAACUAGAUAAUGUGUAGAACAGAUCAUAAAGCAAAUAAUGUUUCAAAAUUUUCAAUUAUGAUAGAUGAUAUUAACUUAACUAUUGAUAUCAAUUCGUGAACUACGAGUAUUUUAAUCUAAAAAUAACAUUAAAUUUUAAACAAUAUAUAGACGAACAAUUACGUACAGUCGUAUUGUACUCUGCUCUAAAUUUAUUCUACAUUUUUAAGAGCUCUAACUUAAAAGUUGUCCACUGCAAGGCUACAAUAACAUAGUCCCUGUGCAAUGUAGAACUUCUUAUGUUGUAAAUAAGAAUAUCGUAAACAAGGCGUUGUUAGUACAAAGUAAGAAUUACUGCUAAAUGCCAAUUUUAUAUACAUAGUUUCAGUUCCUACUGAUCUUUGCUUGAUGAUCGCAAUAUGAGUUACAUAUCUACAUCGUGUUUUCAUUUUAGACACAAAUGUUCCUGUUAUGUAUUAAUACUCUAUGUUAAGGGUUGGUUUCAACAACAAUAUUGCCAUAUUAUGGAUGUCGUUUGCUAUAUUUCGGCUAGAAUAUUUUCUGAUAUUCCUUUAGUAAUUUACAUGAGUGUUGCAUGCGUUAUUAUAUUUGAAAGUAAACUAGAUAUUUACAAAACAAUUAAGUAGUAUAGACUUCUACCAAUAGCAAUAAUUCUUAUAGUACUGGAAAUAAGGUAGCAUGUCGCCAAAUUAAUAUACUACUAACGCUAGUGUCAUUCAGGAGUACUGAGUUAAUUUUAAGCCAAAUUAUAUGAUAAGUAGUGCAUUAAUUAAGGUUGUGCUUGUCAAUGUUAGCGCGGGUGAGAUUCUCGAUAGUGUACUUUGAUAUUGUUGAUCGUUUCAGCUUACUCAUAUUUCAUAGAUAGUAAUUAUUGUAACGCCUAACUUACAAUCGUAUCUUUACAAACGUUUACUUAUUUCCAAUUGACAAGUACAAACCUUGAUAGAUAAAAUUAAAAAGACAAUAUAUUAUAUUUAUUUUAAAUUAAUUCGAUUUAAUCGAUACAAUAUGAAAAAUAUCGAAUAUGAAUAGAUGUUUUUCAACGUGAAUGUUUUCCAAAGUUAAUUAAAUUAUAAAUAUUGUGAUUCACGUACGUAUCUUAUCUAAUUGUAAAUAAACGUAGUUCCGAUGUAAGUUGAUAAAUUUCUUUUGGAAAAUGCAUUUAGUUGUUUAUAUUACGUGCUAUAGUUCAAAGCUCAACGGCACUGUUAUAUAAAUUACGAAUUUAAUAUAUUGUUAUUUAAGAUAAUUUUGUUUUAUAUAUAAUAUAAAUUGCAGCAUAAUGA